AUGGUCGUGCACACGCCACGAUAUUCUCUGCCGUGGAAUAUUCAACCUAGAACCCUAAAGAAUUUUCGCGCCGAAUGGAAAAAUGUGAACGUUGGGGCUUUGUCUAGGGUUUUCCGGGAGCUCGCCAUGGAACAACGGGUGAGGCGCAAUCUUCUGGGUGGAUCGUCUAUGGUGCUCGGCAAGGAGAUGGGAUCGCCGGAGAAGAAGCUCAAGAAGAGCGCCCCUGCUUCCAAGAGGGCGCUGGAGGAAUUUUUCGAGGCUCUAGAGUCGACCGUGGCGCUGCUGAAGAUUCGUAAGCAGUCGUGUACAUUCGCUGCUGUGUCUGCGCCUGUGGAGGCCCUCACAAAGAGGCGUUUUCUUCGCUCUCAUCUGGCCAAGAUCAAGUAUCUCUUCCCGGAAGCGGUCGAAUGCGACUCUUUUACGUGGAAAGACCCCGACACCUCUUCGUUAAAGACGGACAUACGGAUAAAACUCCUACCAUUUUCUCCCGAGCAGCCAGCUUCCGUGUCGAAAUCCGUCAGUGGAAUGGCGAGAAAAUGGAGUGCCGACACCGUCGCUCGGAGGCGUGAAUUUCAGAAGAGGAUUGCUGCCUUCGAGAAAGAUGACGAGGUUCCGGAAGCACAGCUCGUGGAAGAAGUGACGAAGAUCAAGGUUCCAGACUUGGACACAGGCGCGGCACCCAUCCCCAACGUUUUAGCUGGCAAAGUGGUGAUCAAGUCUGGAUACGAGGAUAUAGUCGAGCGGAGGCUUCAGUCGGACGAUGCAAUAACUACGUCGCAUUUCUCACCUUCGUUUCGUCGCCACUUCUCCGCAAGACAGAGAAAAGUGGAAUCUUCUGAGCUACAACAAGCUUCUCCAGAGCCUGAAACUCCUCAAACCUGCAAGGUUGCUCCUCGAGCUACGACAGGGGCAUUCACGGGUCCCGAUUCUACUUCCAGGCUUUAUGCUUCCGCUGAUACUCUUCCAAAGAUCGAUCACGACGCUCCCACACCUCCGAGGCGUCAGAGCGUUGUCAAAUCUCUCCAGUUCGGAAGUGCGGAAAAGAAAAAAAUUCUCGAGUCUAUUCCAAACGAUCUUCUUCACUCGGUGCAUGAAAAGGAACAGAAGGAGCUAGAGGAAAAGAGCAUAGACAAGAGACGACAACAGAUGCUUUCCGGGCUUCCACACUUUCUCAACAUGACAAGGCUCAUUUUUCAAUCCUUGGGUCGCAGCACAAUGCUACACAAAGACCUCGUCGAGCAAAUCGAGUCCUCCGCAACUGAAAUAACAGACAAAAAUGAAAUCGAGGAAAGGCUGCAGUUGCUACUAGAGCUAGCUCCGGAGUGGAUUUCCUCGCGAGCUUCACUUGUUGGAGGCACGCUUUACAGGGUCCAAAAGACGGCUGAAUUUUCCACGAUCCGCAAGAGAAUGCUGGAUGCUGCUUAAAAGGUAAGUUGCCGGUUGUAGCAAAAACCUUUAAAAUCAGAUUGACGCCGGAAAGGAGCUCAUGUUUCCAGAA